AUGCGACUGUUGGAGUGUACACUCAAUCCUGACAAUGAUGAGAUCACCGUCAAACCGACCGAGUAUGGUGACUUGGAAACGCCAGAAUAUGCAAUUCUAUCACACCGCUGGAGGGAAGAAGAGGUCGAGUAUCAGCAUAUGGUCUCUGGUUCAGACUAUACUUUGAAGCGGGGAUACAAGAAGAUCGAAGAUUCCGCCAGCGUCGCUGAGAAGAUGAGCUGGGCUGCUAGCAGAGAGACCACCAGGGUGGAAGAUGUCGCAUACUCACUUCUUGGCUUGUUUAGCGUGAACAUGCCAACACUCUACGGCGAAGGACUUCGAGCCUUCCGUCGCCUCCAACUCGAAAUCAUGCAAAAUUCGAACGACCACACACUCUUCGCAUGGGACGAUUCGACCUGCUCAGGGGACAUGCUCGCUUCAUCACCGAAACAGUUCUCCGGGAAAAACAAUCUCCAACCUAUACCUUAUUCCGAAUACAUCGCGCGCUUCUCCAUCGCCUCUCCCAAACCCGACUAUGGUCUUACUAAUGCAGGCCUACACAUUCAGCUCCCCAUGAUACCAAAUCCGAGAAGUACCACCGGCGGUUACAUUGCGUUCUUGGCAUGCACGCGCGUUGACCCCGUCAACCGCUAUUUCGCCGUCAUCUAUCUCGAAAGAACGGAAGAGCCUAGCUUCAAUGGUUUCCAUCGCGUGGCGUUCCGAGGCGUGACGACGAGCGAAGAGCGGAAUCCGAAUUUCCGAACCUAUGCAUCUGAAACUAUUUGGGUAUCGAAGAAGGUUGUCUAUCAAGUGAGCAAGGAGUAUGUGCCGAGUCGCAUAUUGACGCCUAUGGAAGCGGGAGGGAGCUCGGAAGGGCGUCUGAGAAAGAGGACGAGUGGGAUUGGUCAGGCUUGGGGUAACAUCAGGAGGAAUUCUACGGUGCAUUUGCGGAGGAGGCUGACGGUGGAUUUUGGGAGGGCGAAGAACUGA